AUGACCACACCCACCACAGCUCAGCCUGCGGCUAUCCAAGCCAACGGCACCUCAGAAUCGCCUACCCUCGAUAAAGCGCAAUCCGUCGCCCCGGGAAAGCGAAAACGCGAUGUCGAUGAAGAGGAUGAUCGCGACGAGGAUAUGACUUCAGAUGAGCAAAAACCUGCCAUUACCAAUGGAGAGCCCAAGAAGGACCAACGCGAUUUGAUAAGAUCUUUCGUCGAGGCUCUCAGCAGCUACGAUGUCGCCCCGUCCAUCCUCAAGCGUCCCCUGCCCGACUCUUCUGAUGAUGAUGACGACGAAGACGACCACCGAGCAAAGCGUCAGAAAUCGACCGAUCCAUCCACCAUUUCCGACAAGGCUACUGCGAAUGCGUAUGAGAAUCUUGACCAGGUCGCUGACGACCUAGUGUCCGCAAUCUAUAUCGCUUUCAAGGAGAUCAAGACACAACCAUCUAAUAGCAAGGAUGGGUCAGCCGAUGACACAUUGAGAACGCAAAUCACAGAGUUCAAAGACAGGGCCAUGGAACUUCUUCGACGGGAAAAAGCAUAUCCCAAGGUCAACGCCGAUCCCCUUCCUGUCGAGUCUAAGCUACCUCCGUCUCCUCAAAAGGGAACAUUGGUACUGUCUCUUGUCGGGUAUGCGCCACAAGAGAAGAGGCUAUUUUCCAGCCUCCCAGCUUCCGCUGAGGCCAAUUUGCGUGAUCUGGCUUUACCCGCAGGUCUAUCACUAACUCAUGUCAUGCCUACAACGCCCCAUGAGCGAGCCCAAACUCUGGGAGACUUGUUCUCAUCGCCUCGAUCUCUACCGCCCCUUCAACCGCCCAAGCAGCCCAAGACACAAGCCAAGGGCAAUACACUAGACUUCUACCGCCCAGAACUGACUGAUAACUGCAAGCUUCGAAACUCUAGUUAUUUCACAACCAAGUUGUCUGCAGGAUGCUACCUCGACUACAGCAAUGCGACCCCUUCAUCGCAAACCAUGAACAAACAGCGAGAACGUGCCCAAAGUCUGGCUGGAAAGCGACCUUCAACUACUGAACUCGAACUUUCUGAAAUGGAAUCGCUCUUUCGAGGCGCAUUUUCCAGCUUUGCGCCUUGCAAGGACGAUUCUGGGGCGGUGGUGCCAUCCAGUGUUGCAGGCCGAAUGUGGUGGCAGCGAUCGGGACACAAGAACUUCCAGAACAUGAUAGAAGUUGAAUAUUACGGCGACGGUAAUAACGAGGAGACGAACGAUGACGAUAGUGCAAUGGAAAUUGAUGAGAAGGCCAUCCAGGAAGCGAUUGAUAACUGGGAUGAAUCCGUCGUUGACCCUUCACUCGAAGAGGCUCUAGGCACCAAGCGAACGAGCGAGGAAAAGGAGGUCGAUGAGAUUUUGGAAGAGGUCAGCGACUUGAUCGAAACACUUUCUUCUUACCAGCGCAUUCGAAAUCUCAACUUACCCAAUUCGCAAAACCGGUCGUCGAGCGACCCAGUCACUGGCGAUAUGCUGGCUACUCCUGGUCCCACCCCCUCCGAGGGCGAGCAAGCUACGUACCAGGUGCUGAAGGCUCAGCUUGCAUUGAUCAUCAAGACGUUGCCGCCAUAUGCAGUAGCUAAGCUGAACGGAGAUCAACUUGAGGAUCUUCUCAUCAGCACCAAGGUUCAGGUUCAAACUGAUGGUUACAAGGGCGUUAUGGAAGAGGAUGAAGCGGGUGUUCAGGCUCGUUUGAGAGCUCAGCAACAAGCCGCUCAGGUCAGUGCUCGACCACCCCCACAACGCACACCUAGUAUAUCGGGUGUUUCUUAUGGGCAUCACACACCCCAGAACCAGUAUGCAACUCCUCAACGAGCCCCUUCAAUGUCGCAGCAGCAAUACUAUCGGCCGGGGCCUACACCCAGCUUCCAACCUCAACCCCAACCACGACCUAUGCCUACCCAAGCCCGACCUCAACCUACGCAAUAUUCCCGACCCAACGGUUACCCCGCGCAGUAUGCAACACAAGUUGCGAAGGCCCAAACACCUUAUGGUCACCAGAAUAUGCCUCAGUAUGCUUCUCAGCAGAGGCCUCAAUUCGGACAGAUGCCGGCUCAGCCAGCAACUCCCAGCCAGAGAUAUCCUUACCAACCAGGAUAUCCGCAGCAGCAAGUCGCUACGCCCGCGCAGCCCAAUUUCGGAGUUUACACGAAUGGACAAGCUAUCCCACAGCGCACAAUGUCUCCUGUCGUUAAUAGACAGGCUUGGAGUGCAUCGCCCAACACUGUGCAACAGCAGCAGCAGCCUCCACGAUAUGGCACGCCUAACCAGGCUGCGGGAAAUCAAAUAAAUAGGUACCCGAGCAACCCCCCUCAACAAGGAACGCCUGCUCAGAACCCUGGUCUUACAGGAUACCACACCGUUAUCCCUGAGGCUCAACAACAACGGAUUCUCGAUCAAGCGAAAGCCCGCGUUGCCGCCCAAGAACGGUCCGCUAUGUUCACUGAUAAGAUUGCGCAACCAGGCACUCCCGGUUACGGAAUAGGAAAUGGCCAGGCAGGUGUCAUGGAUGCCAACAGACUCGCAGCUGCUCGGGCGAGUAUUGCCGCCCAGCAGAAACCCCCGACACCUAAUUCUUCACGGUCGAGUAUGAACGGGACUCCGGGACCGCCACCUCCACACAAGGUGACCCCUGUUCCUGUCCCACCGAUUCCGGGUAUGCAGCAUAAGCCUUCGCAAUAA